AUCGGUCGGUAGUAGCAAAACGAAUAAAAAAAUGAGAUAUAUUCAACAGCUGCAAGGUUCUGCAGUUCGCCUAUUUGUGGAUGUAAUCCUAUUGGGCAUAUUACUAAUAUUUACAGAGAACUUCACAAAAGUCUGGUGGCCGACAACGCAGCGGGGUUUCUUUUGCAACGAUGAGAGCCUAAAGUAUCCCUAUCAUGAGGACACUGUAAGUCCCACACUAUUGCACUGGUUGGGUCUCUAUGGACCUCUGUUUGCAUUGCUAUUAAUCGAAGUCUGUUUAAUGAACUGGCAACGUGCAAGCUCACAGUGGCAGGAAUACUUCAAUCUAUAUAAUACAUUGCGUUGGUUUCUCUAUGGUUAUGCAUCCAGUGAUAUUAUCAAGAAUGUGGCCAAGCAAACCAUUGGCCGGUUGAGGCCACAUUUCUUUGCGGUCUGCGGGCCAUUGCUGAUACCAGAAGGUGGAACCUGCUUGGAUGAGGCCACGGAUAGAGGAAUCUAUCACACUUCGUAUACGUGUCAGCCGGAAAUCACAGGAGCCACAGCACACAUGCUUAAGGAUAUUCAUGUCUCAUUUCCUAGUGGCCAUUCUAUGCUGUCCUUUUAUGGUUUGGUUUUUUUGGCUCUACAUUUGCAACAUCGUCACUGGCCGUUGAGAGGGAGCCUCUUGAGUCCCGCAUUGCAAUUGCUGUGCUUGUGUAUCGCCUCGUUUGUGGCACUGAGUCGUGUCAUGGAUUACAAACACCAUGGGUCGGAUGUUGCGGCCGGUUCACUGUUGGGUGCCAGUGUUGCGUUUGUGGUUAGCCAUGCGGCCAAACUGGAAGAGCAGAUACAACUCAAGGCGGGGGGGCCGUCUAAACAAUCACAUGGCAAAGGGCAGGAACCAGAGCAAUCACCAACAGUGCCAGUGGCUGAAGUAUCCGGCGUUGGGGAAAAACACCAACAGCUGCCUUCUCAUGAUUUAAGUCUAGUUACUUGCUGUAGUGCUAAUUAGUUGCAGCUGAUUUGCCUUAAAUAAUGUUUUUCAUUUUUUUUUUUGCAUAUGUUUUGCUUACGCAGCAGCAACGAAUACAAAAACCAGCUUCUGCUUCUGAUCAUUAUCAAACAAAUUGAUCAGUAAAAUCGAUCUGAUUUCUAGAAAUUUCAAGUUUUAACCACCAACAAACGAUCGAGAAGCUUUGCACACAAUUAUCUCGCUCUCUAUCUCUCACUUUAGUAUUUAGUUCAUCAAAAUUGAAUAUUUAGAAUUAAUUCUCUUUUUGUUUAAAUUAUAUAAAAUAUAUACCAGUUUCGAGUCACAUAAUGACUGUGAAAACAAAACAGCUUUCGAUUGCGGUUGACUUGUAUAUUACUAUUAUUAUUUUUAUUAUUUAAUAACCAACUAAAACAUUGGCAAUGAGUAGAUCUCUCUCUUGUUCGUGGUUAACAGAUUACUCAAUCUUCUUAUCUCAUUUGUUUAUCAUUUUAGACAUAAGAAAAACAACAGCAAAAGACAAUUGUUUAAAUAUUUACUUGGAAUGCUCAAAAAAAUUAACGAGAAAAUAAACACAAACUUUAAGCCAUUAAACAAUAAAAA